AUGCCAUUGAUCAUGGAGGACGGGAUCAAUGUGGACGACCUUUUCGGUGAAUCGACUUCGCUCGAGCUGGGCUUACCUACGGGCACUUCAACUGCCUCGACAAAAGGCCUAGCCCAACGUCUGGAUGAGAUGAGGUUGACGGGAUGUUGCCAAAAAAUUGCAUGGUCACGACUCGGGUGCAUUGCGGCCAUUUCGCAAGAUUCCACCAGAGUGAGCGUCCGCAAUCUUCAGUGCCAGCAGUCAGAUGGCAAAUGGGUGCUGAGCGAUGAGACGCCCCUGGCUCAGGUAACAGAGGCCCAUGCUGGUCACGCCCUGGUCCAUCUAUGCUGGAACGAAUCUGGUUCAGAGCUCGCUGUGGCUGAUUCGUCCGGUCGAGUAUCUGUCUACUCCAUUCCGAUUGCCCUGAACAGCGUGAACGGAUCGCGCCAAGCGGCCUUUGACGCUGAUGAUGAUGCAUCCCAAAUUGUUGGGAUGAUGUGGCUGAGCCAACAUCGCUCGGUGCAUUCUUUCUACCAGGCAGCCAAGGUGCAAGGCCGUUGGGCAUACUCACCAUUUAGACGGCGUCCGACUGGCACGUAUCAUCCUGCUCACAAAGGAGCGCUGCUCUGCGUCACAAGGUCUGGAGUCAUGAAGCUCCUCUAUCAAAAUCCAGACAACCGAUGGGCCGAGAUAACGGCGGAAUUGAAAAACACAAGCUAUUCGGAUAGGCUUCUUACCCAUGCAGCCUUGGUGACAACACAAACAGGAAUUCUAAUCGCUACCCAUUCAGCUUGUCAGAAAAUUUCUCUCUACCGAGUGAGCAUUCAGUGGAACCCUCCCCAGUGGGAGCCCACGCAGCAGAAGCAAGGCGCCCAACAAUUUCCUGCUCCAAGCUUCCGCCUUGUUCACUUGAAAGUCGAAGUACCCUAUAAUAUCCCCAGCAACCAUGGCGCAACCGGAACUAUCGACGAUCAACUUCCCUCCACCAGCUCUCUUUACUGCCUUACCUCGUUGCAAAUAAUACUUCCUGCAUCCGACAACUCGGCUGGGUCUACGCCACAUCCCUGGAUUGUAGCUGCCUUCACAACUCCUCCUCACAAUAUCAUUCCUCAUCAGCAGCCACAAGUACCAGCUAGCAUCAUUAUUCGGUGGCAGUAUGAGACCGGCCAUCCGACUCUACACCCAAAAUUCGACGACGUGACCUCUAAGAAGGGCAACGGACAGGUCAAGGCGAAAACUGUACUGCGGCGCCUCGACGAUGUCACCUCAGAUCGGCAUGUCAUUUCAGUCGAUCAGACGGAAUAUGGCAACGUCUUAGCUGUAUCGUUUGACGAUAGUUCGAUUUCAUUCUAUGACCCGAAGACUAUGGCCGCAUUUGAUGGCGUCGACGAUACAAACAACGUAACUAGCCUUGCUCAGGCAGGGUUUCACUACCCGCUUGAGCCUUCAGCGUUACAUAUGAGUUUCUCACCCAGCGCCUGCCUGGCCGUUGGCUUGGACAUCGACGGAAAUAUACACCUGAGGAUCAUGGAGCACUCCUACGGAGCAGAGAAUGACCAAUAUGAUGAGAAUAAAUUCUCCGCAGCCAUUGCUGCACUUACACUAGCCUUCUGCCGGGGGUGCGGUGGUGAAGUCAAUACAGACGAUAUCUUGUUAAUAUUAAUACGCCAAUUAUCUCCAGAUGCUCAAACCGCCUUCCUCAACGAGGUUUAUCGCGCACUAUCCAUCAACUGCAACUUCACGACCGAGCAGGAUAAAUUGAUCAAUCACCCAUAUAUCCCUCGUGCUCUUAGCAUACAGGCCGCUUUAGGCUUUAAGAAUAGUCACAAAGCGCGCAACAUUGUCUCUAAUGUUCCAUGGGCAAUUAUCCAGCUUCGCCAGGCCGCUAUGAUAUAUCCAUCCUUCUUCCAAUACAACAAAGCAGCUCAAGGACCGGAACCACACGAUCCAGACGUCCUCCGCAUGGUCCUUGGAAACACCAAAUGGGCGCUUGACUUCUCUUUAUACAUUUUAAACGAGUUAUUCGACCUCGCAGAUGACUGUGAAAGCGUCUCAUCUGACCAAGAAGCCUUCAACCAGAAACGUCCGCAACCCCAGACUCCUCUGAACCAUAUGCAUGACUCUAAUACAAAGCCAGUCAAAACUACCGCCUCCCUACCACUCAUAAUUGUCCUAUCUAGCAUGUCCCGCGCCUUCCUUCGUCUGAUCUGCCGUGGCCUGCGUGGCAUCCACGCCGGCUACGCAAACGCCCCUCUCACCGGCGACUCGCGCGUCUAUUACACGGAGAUAUGCCAAGCGCUCGACUCUUCCCCCGUCCGUACAGACGUCUACGAGAAGCUCCUAGCGGGCAUCGACUCCGCCGUGAAACACGCCUACACGAACGCCGGGUUCGGCGAUAAUGAGCGGCCCGGCCCCGAGAAAGAACUCUUAGUCUCCAGCCGCAUCCCGCCCGUCCUCGUUACGGCCGUCAACACGAUCCUCCGCCAGACCGUGCCCGCGAUGCGAGGCGAAAUGGAUCGCAUGGCAAUCUACAUGGGUGAUUACAGCUGGCUUGGAUUUGGGUCGGACAGCCGGACGGAAGCAUAUCGAAGAUUCAGAAAUGUGGAUAUCAUUAAGAAGACGCCCAUCCUUGCGAGACCUGCUGCUGGUGCUCUGGGGAACGGUGAGACGGUCACGGGCCUUGGUGCAGCUGUUAGGAAUGGGGGCAUUGGCGGUAGCCAGGUGAGCAGACGGUGUGUGAGGUGCUGUGAGGUUUCCGAGGCGCAGUAUCCGCCGCGCUCGGUGUUGUCGUUUCGGAUGACGCUGAAGUUGGGCCAUUUGCGGUCUUGUAUUUGCGGGGGGAUGUGGAAUCUUGAGGGCAGUUAA